CCUGUCCACUUGCACUCCGGACAGCUCACCUCCGGUCGCCGUUGCUAUGAUUUUCAUAGAUACUGACGUGAGUUCUUGCCUUGAAGAGGGCAUUCACACACUUGGCUGCCUGACAAAGACAACAGUCAGGCAUUGAUUCUCCUUGCUCCGUUAUUCUGUAUGUUAAGUUUACAAGUCCGACUAAAACUAUUUUCUUGCACUUUGGUGUAAGAAAAGAAAAAUCCUGCAUUAAUGGAAAAAGUUGAUCACUGUGAUACUAUUUUAGAUUUCUUGUUAGGGCAGUAUAGUUCCAAUAUCUAGCUUCCAGUAGGCUUCAAUUUAUGAAAAGAGCAGGGAGGAAGGAGAGAAAAUAGGGAUAUUUGGAGCGAUCCUUUGUCAUAGGUACUUGAUUAAGUUCCAAAAUGUAAGUGAAGAGAUUGAGACUUCCUUUAAAAAUUCUUGUACCAUCUGCGUCCUAAGGAAUAGCUGAGGGCUCUUAAGCCUCAGUUUUGUAGUCUCUUUGUAUUCAAAUCUAAGUUGUUAGUUCUCUAAAACAUUAGACUAAAAUGUUGGGGAAACGUAAGCGUGUGGUAUUGACAAUUAAAGACAAACUGGACAUUAUUAAGAAGCUUGAAGAAGGCAACUCUUUUAAAAAACUUUCUGUCGUGUAUGGAAUUGGUGAAUCCACAGUUCGUGACAUUAAAAAAAACAAAGAAAGAAUUAUAAACUAUGCCAAUAGUUCAGAUCCUACUAGUGGGGUGUCCAAACGUAAAUCUAUGAAGUCAUCAACAUAUGAAGAGCUUGAUAGAGUUAUGAUAGAGUGGUUUAAUCAACAGAAAACAGAUGGGAUUCCAGUGUCUGGGACUCUUUGUGCAAAACAAGCCAAGUUCUUUUUUGAUGCCCUGGGCAUGGAAGGUGAUUUUAAUGCCUCAUCUGGCUGGCUCACUCGGUUUAAGCAGCGUCACGGUAUUCCGAAGGCUGCUGGUAAAGGAACAAAAUUAAAAGGGGACGAAACUGCUGCUAGUGAAUUUUGUGGUAGCUUCCAGGAAUUUGUGGAAAGAGAAAAUCUCCUCCCAGAACAAAUUUAUGGUGCUGACCAAACUGGACUCUUCUGGAAAUGUCUACCCUCGAGGACACUGGCUCUUGAUUCUGACCAGAGUACUUCGGAGUAUAGGUCAAGCCGAGAGAGAAUUAUCAUUAUGUGUUGUGCAAAUGCCACGGGUUUACAUAAGCUUAAUCUUUGUGUUGUGGGGAAAGCAAAAAGACCCCGUUCUUUCAAAGGAACUGACCUUUCAAACCUUCCUGUCUCUUACUUCAGUCAAAAAAGUGCAUGGAUUGAGCAGUCUGUUUUCAAACAGUGGUUUGAGAAAUGCUUUGUGCCACAGGUGCAGAAGCACCUGAACUCCAAAGGGCUUCGAGAAAAAGCAGUUCUGCUCAUUGAUUUCCCCGCAGCACGCCCAGCUGAAGACCUGUUGAGCUCAGAUGAUGGCAGAAUAGUCGUGAAAUAUUUGCCGCCAAAUGUGGCAAGUCUAAUCCAACCUAUGAGCCAAGGAGUUUUAACCACAGUCAAAAGAUAUUAUCGAGCAGGACUUAUCCAGAAAUACAUGGAUGGAGGAAAUGACCCAAAAAUGUUUUGGAAGAAUUUGACAGUGUUGGAUGCAAUUUAUGAGGCCUCACGAGCCUGGAACAUGAUAAGAUCAAAUACCAUAACCAGAGCGUGGAAAAAACUUUUCCCUGGCAAUGAAGAAAAUUCAAGUGUGAGCAUUGAUGAAGGAGCCAUUUUAGCUGCUAACUUAGCAACAGUUUUACAGAAUACAGAAGACUGUGAACACGUUGACAUUGAAAAUAUUGAGCCGUGGCUUGACUCACGGAGUAGUGUCUCAAACUGUCAGGUGUUAGCUGAUACUGCGGGUGCUGAAAAGCAGGCUGUGACUGCUGAGCAAAAGCCUUCCAGGAAGACUAGGAAAGCGGAACUGCAUCCAGAGAAGCAUAUUAGCCACAAAGCUGCACUGGAAUGGACUGAAAAUUUGCUGGAUUAUCUAGAACAACAGGAUGACAUGCUCCUGUCUGAUAAGCUGGUGUUGCGGAGGCUUCGGACCAUUAUAAGAAGAAAGCAGAGGAUUCAAAGCAAAAAUCAUCUAUAGCGCUCCCUUCUGUUGCUAAUCAUUUUCAUCCUUGUGACUUGUCUGCAGUGAUUUUCUCUAAGGCCAAAUAAAUGUUGCAGAUCACUUUAGAAUUAGAUGCUGCUUUGGAUUACUUGAAUUACAGCUCUUUAAUGUUGUCUCUGAAUGAGGAAUGGCAUGGAAUUCAUUAUCUGUUUCUAAAUUGUGUUGUACUAAUUAGAUCACCAGGUACCCAAGACUAGGAUAUGUUGUAUGCCUGAAUUUCAACAUGUCUAGUGAUGGCCUGUGGGCAUUGCAGGCACUCAAUAAAUCUUACUUCAAUUGAA